CACAAGACUCAUCAAAGAAGAACUCCACAGAAUUGCAGAUUAUGAUGGACAACCAAACCGAUUCAAAUGACAGUUGUGAAUUCUGUCUAAGAAAAAGUGGAAACAGAGGCAAUACCAAAACAGGAAACCCAGUCUCCUCUCUUGAUGCUGGGGUAACAGUGUCUCCCUCCAGAUGGAAACAGCUCUUGUUGGUUGUUCUCGGUCCCAGUCUCCUCUGUUCUCUCUGUGUUCUGGUUGCUAUAGGGGGCCUCUAUUUCAGAGACAGCAACCGAUGUGGUUUAGUGGAGACACAGCUCAACAAUCAGCUAAACAGCAUCACACAGCCUGUGAGGAGAACCUUGGUGUUCACGGAGGAAACCGACAACAGCUACGUAGAGCUUCUCCCUCAGAAGAAUCUUUCCAUGCAAGCAUUCACCCUCUGUAUGCGGCUGGCUACCGAACUGGCAUCUGACGAAAGAGAGAUCAUCCUGUUCGCCUAUCGCACAGUGGACUUCGACGAGCUCAAUGUGUGGAGAGAAGCCAACAGCACGUACAUUCUGUACCUGCAGGGUAGCAUUGAUGGGGUCUCAUUCCACCUGCCUGAGCUCAACACUUUUCAGACCAACCUGUGUGUCACCUGGGAGUCUAAGUCUGGCUUGACCGCCUUCCAUGUAGAUGGGAAGAGGAGUGUUAGGAAGAUGUAUAAACAGGGAAACAUAGUGCAGCCAGGAGGUAGGGUUAUCCUCGGACAGGACCCCGACUCUCUCCUGGGGUCAUUUGACAUCAACCAGUGUUUUGUUGGAGAGAUCAGAGAUGUUAACAUGUGGGACUAUGUGCUUUCCGAUUCCAUGAUUGGAGCAUUGCAUGGUGGGAAACUUUUUCCCAAAGGGAACAUUUUUGACUGGGAUACUGUAAAGCUUCAGGUUAAUGGGAUAGACAAGGAGAUCAUUAAAACGCUGUGGGAUUAGUUUGUGUCUCAAUGCUCAGCUUAAUUCCAAUGAAGUUUUCAUUAGUAUCCAUUAUUCUGUUUGGGAAAGCUUAAAGGUCAUUCAUGGAUUAUUACUACUAAAUUACUUUUAAUCACACAGGCAGCAACCAACUGGUCAUCACAUGCACUCACAAACAUCUAAAAGCAUAGGAUAUUUGUUGUUCUAAUUUGUUCUGUUGGAUUUUGAAGUUGUGUUUCAUAUUUUAACGCAGCAAAUUCUCCAGGAUUAAGUUAACAAUGAGGGCCGGUUUCGCAGACACAGAUUAAGCAUAGUCAAGGACAAAAAAAUCUAGUUCAAUAGAAUACUCCAUCGAGCAUGUUUUUUUUGUCCUUGACUAGGCUUAAUCUGUGUUAAAUUAAUCCUACUGUACUGUACAUUGCUAGCUAACGCAUUGUAAGGGUUUUUGGUUUUGCAUCUAUAGGAGCCUGAUUGUAAUGUUUUUAAACCAAACAUAGCCAGGACAUGAUCCGCUUGGGUGAAGAUUCACAUAAAGCGCCCUUUUUUCAGAAUGACUGCACGCGGAAAUGUGAAAUCCCUCGUUUUGCAAUUUCAUGGACAACUGAUGUAAGAUAAUGAUUCUGCUAUUAGAUUGUGAAGAAACGAACAACACAUAACAACCCUGUCUAAAAUGGGAGGGUUAUCACAUAGUUUAGCAAUCGUGAAGUCUCGGGACGCAUCUUUAAGCAGUGUUCGUAGCCCAGCGCUUCCCUCCCAGCAUUUGGGAGUCAACGUCACCAACACUCACUGUUCUGUCCUGGCCCGCCCGUGACAUUUCUGUACCCGCGUACCCUGGAAUGAAUAACUUUUUAUUAAAUUUUUUUGCUUCUGAUGAUGUAUCUUGAUUCACUAAAUUAAAUCCAAAAAGUUCACGUUAUGUGGAUUUUAAUCACAAAAGACCAAAAAUAUAAAUUAGAUGAUAGAUACAAAUUACCUUUCUGUAAUUGGAACUGGAAUUAAUUAAAUAUAAAUAUUUACUUCUGAUGCUGCUUCUUAUUUCAGUAAAUCCAAUAAUGAAAAGUUACCUUUCUGUAAUUGUACAGUAAACAAUGCCUGGAAAUAAAUAAAGAUAUUUAACUCUCAAAACUGAUUUAACGAAUGUCUUUGUUGGUCUUUGGAUAGAGAGUAUUUGAUUAAGGAGUAAUUUAUUUAAAUUAGAUGUGUUUCUGAAUAUUGUUUAGUGCUCUGACAUUGUUUUCAGCCUUAAAAGCACUUCAUUCUUAUAGACAGAGCAUCAAGUAAACGUCAAAUGUGCCAGUUAAAUUC